GGAGUGGUCUAAAAGCCCGGAUAUUGCUGCUCAGCGCUCUGCGUGUACAGUGUGGCUCUCAAGAGGUUGUUUGACCAUGACUGAUCUGGAAGCAGUGUUAGCCGACGUGUCCUAUAUAAUGGCUAUGGAGAAGUCGAGAGAGCAGCCGGCCGCGCGUGCGUCUCGUAAGAUUCAACUUCCAGACGCGAGCGUGCACAGUGUGAUGCAUCAGUAUUUGGCAGAGAGAGGGGAGGUGACGUUUCGUUGCAUAUUCAGUCAAACCAUUGGUUAUCGUCUUUAUGCUGAUUUUGGUCAAGAGAUGAGACACCAGCCACUUAUAUUCUAUGAUGAGAUUUUACAAUAUGAGAAGAUUUCGAAAAAGGAAGAUCGAUUAUCAUGUGCCAGGAGAUUGUAUGACAGUUUUAUUAUGCCUGAUCUUUUGAUUAGAACAAAGUCAUACUCUCAAACUGCUGAAAACGGAGUGAAGCUGUUGUUACAACAGCAGCAAGCACCACAGACACUGUUUAGUCAAUACAAGAUUGAAGUCUUUGACAAGUUGCAUGCUGGUGACAACUUGUUUGAUGAGUUUCUCAUUAGCAAUCAGUAUGUUCGAUUUUGUCAAUGGAAAAAUCUGGAGCUGAACCAAUCGCUGACUAUGCAUGAAUUUACUGUGCAUCGGAUUAUUGGACGUGGCGGUUUUGGCGAGGUAUACGGCUGUCGCAAAAUCGACACAGGAAUGAUGUAUGCAAUGAAAUGUUUGGACAAAAAGAGACUGAAACUUAAGAAAGGAGAAUCGGGACCGAUAAACGAGAGAAACAUGUUGGCACUGGUGAAUAAUCCUUUUGUUGUCUGUAUGACGUACGCAUUUCAAACACCGGGAAAGAUUUGCAUCGUUCUGGACUUAAUGAAUGGUGGUGACUUGAACUACCAUCUAGCAUACUACAAGGCAUUUUCUGAGUCAUGGGUAAGAUUUUAUGCUCAAGAAAUUAUUCUUGCAUUAGAGCACUUGCAUAGUUUGCAAAUUGUGUAUAGAGAUCUUAAGCCUGCCAACUGUUUGCUGUCGGCGAAAGGUCAUCUGAAGAUAACAGACUUAGGAUUGGCAUAUGACAUUUCGAAAGCAAAGCCAUAUGAAAGAGUAGGUACACAUGGCUACAUGGCACCUGAAGUUCUUCAGAAAGACAAACAGUAUGAUUGUUGUGCUGAUUGGUUCUCAUUUGGCUGUAUAAUGUACAAGAUGUUGUCAGGUCACAGUCCAUUCCGAAGUCGGGAUCGCACAGAUAUUGACAAGCAAACUCUCACAAUGGAAGUCAAUUUGCCCUCAGCUUGGUCAGAUGAAGCAAGGUCAAUAAUAAGUUCCUUGUUGGUGAAAGAUCCUUCUUGUCGAUUGGGCAGAGAAGGCUCUUUUGCUGUGAAGCAAGACGCAUUUUUCGCAGAGACGGUGUGGGAAGAUGUGGAAGCGUUGAAGUGUAAACCACCCUUUGUCCCACCAAAAGGUGAAGUAAAUGCUGCACAUGCUUUUCAAAUUGGAGUGUUUGAGGAUGAUGAUGUGAAAGGAAUCAAGCUCACCGAAGAAGAUCAAUCAAGAUAUAAGGGAUUUGACAUGGUCGUGUCGGCUCGCUGGCAGGAAGAGAUAUGUGUAACAACGGUGUUUGAUGUGGUCAAUGGUGAAUGUGAUCGUAUCAUGAGCAAGAAGAUCAACAAGAUGAAACGGAAUACAUCGCUGGAUGAAAGUAUUAUCUAUGAUGUCAAGGCUGCUAGUAGGCAAGAGGGCGAUUGCUUGGUGCAAGGCUAUCUGCAGAAACAGAGUGGUCCUUUUAGUGUGAUGUGGCAUAAACGUUAUUAUCGUCUCUACCCGAAUCGUCUGGAAUGGAGUGAAGAUCUCAACACUCCCGUGUCUAAUAUGAUAACAAUCGAGAAUGUGGGAGCAGUGGUGGAGAUACCGAUUAAGGGAGCGAAAUGUCUAAAGCUGUCAAUGAAGGAAGGUCUCAGUGAACGCGAUUACAUCCUUCGACCGGAGAGCAAGCCAGAAUACGAAGUGUGGUUCAAGCAACUUAGCUUAGCCGUUGCCAACGUCGAACUCAUUAUGCAGUCAGGCCCUAAAGCUUUUCGACCUCUUCUGUUGUCACACGAAGGUCGUUCAGUCCCAGGCAGGGUGUUGCGACGGAUGUCUAACCCUUCAUCGGACCAGUUUCCUGCCUCUGGAGCCGGAGCCAGUCUCUAAUGUUUGGUAUGAAUGGCUUUGAAAGUUAGUGCUGUUUUACCCCAUAGGUCAAAUAGGGUGGACAUUGCUUACCCCAGGAAGCACGUGCCACCCUGUAGUGUAUAUAUAACUUUAUGUGUAAUAAUGGUGAUAUAAUGUAUGGAGAGACGACCGAUAGACAUAGCGAGAACAUACAAAUUAUAUUGUCGGUCUAGAGUAUAGGCGUUUUUUCGAAUUGUGGAUUUUAGAAACAGAAAUUGUGUAGAAGACUUGUG